UACAAAUAACAUAACAAGAAGAAUAAGUAGACGCAAACCUGUGAAAUAGGCAAAUUGCGUUAGAGCUGUAGUUUUUUCAAAUCAAAAUGGGCGUUUGUAAAUUGCGCCCACAUUAAAUAGGUAGUAAAAAUACUAUAGUAAAUUGCGCCCGGGAUUUUUCGGGGUCUAAAAUGGGUAUAGUAAAUUGCGCCCAUAGUAUCUACUAUCUUGAAUUCAUCGUUACCUAUUAUGUGUAUUUUAAAAAUACUGUUGUUCAUUUAUUGGUGGAUAAGCCGAACGUUUAUCGCUAUAAUCGAUAUGAUAUUAGCGAUAUCAAUGCCUUUACGCGUAUACAACGACUUUACGUACAGCCCGUAUAGGUAAUAUUUUAGUAAGCCGUUUGCACGCAACAGUUAAACAUGGAUAUUAUACAUACUGAAAGCCAGAAAGAAAACGACGUUAUAAUAUACCAAACAUUUAAAUUUUCGAAAUUAAAACGCGAGUUGUCUUCGGGCGAAACAAAGUGGCGAUGUGCUGUAAAAACGUGUAAUGCAUUUUUGAAAACUGUUGGAGAAAAAAAUAAUAUGACAAUAACUGAAAAAAAUGUGGAACACCGUCAUAAAAUAGAUUUAUUAAAAUUACAACGACAAAUUGUGUCCGCUAGUGCAAAGCGAAAAGCAACCGAAGAUAUCUGUGAAAGACCAGCGAAAAUACUUCAUAGCAUAGCAACAGUUCAAGAUACGAGCUUAAUCAAGGUUAGUGAUGUUAAAUAUAUUAAAAGAAAUAUGUAUAAUGCAAGAAGAAAGUUACUACCUCCAUUACCAAUUUCAACUCAAUCUGUUCAGGAAGCUUUAAACUCUAUGCAAUACAAAAGCUCGAAAGGAGAGGAUAUGCUUCUGUAUAAUGAUUUUAAUAGUGAACUCGUAAUCAUAUGUUGUAAAUCAAAUUUAGAAAUAUUGUGUAAAUCAGAAAUGUUAUAUGUAGAUGGUACAUUUGAGUAUUGUGCCAAACACUUCCUUCAACUAUUUAGUGUUCAUGGAUAUUUUAACGGGCACUAUAUACCAUUGGUGUUUGGUUUAUUGAAAAAUAAAUCUACUAACACUUAUAAAAAAUUUUUUCAAACAUUGAACGAAAAAUGUACUGAAAACGGGUAUAUUUUGAAACCCAAAUCUAUGGUUAUUGACUUUGAAAAAGCUAUUCAUUUUGCUUGCCUAAACGUUUGGCCUGAAGUCGUAAUUAUAGGAUGUCGAUUUCACUUAACACAGGCCUGGUGGAGACGAAUUCAAAAAGUUGGUUUAAGUUCAGAGUAUAAAUCAAACGGAUCUAUUAUUAGAGAAUGGUUAUUACAUGUGUUUGGAAUGGUAUUUUUAGAGCCAGAAAAUGUUUGCGAUUAUUUCAAUUAUGAAUUAAUGCCUACAAUGCCUGAAGAUGAUCGACUUAGACAAUUUUCUUGCUAUAUUUUAAAUACAUAUAUUUUAUUCGCUGACUUUCCUCCGAAUAUUUGGGCAUCAGCUUCCGCAACAUUAACUCGGUCAACUAAUGCCUGUGAAUCUUUCCACAGUCAUUUUAACAAAAGCUUUUAUACACCUCAUCCUCAUAUAUAUAAUUUUAUGGAUAAAAUAUUAGAGAUACAAUCAGAAAUUUAUGUAAAAAUGAAUAGUAUAAAUGAACCUUAUAAAUUUCAAAACACUAAAUCAAAAAAAAAAUUUAAAAAAAUGGAAAAAAUUGUUCAACAAUACAAUGAAAAAACUAUUACGAGGGCUGAAUACGUGAAGAUGAUGUCGCAUUACUAUGCAGAUAACUUAUUAUAA